GUAUCAUGGUCACAAGCCGAUGGUCAGCCCUGGACCGUCGCCAGAUCCUCCGCAAGGCAAUGUCCAGCUGCAAGUCGCUGAUCAGCACGCGCAGCGAAGUGGAGAUGCUCUUCUUCAUGGCACAUCCCUCGGAGGAGCAGGAGGCCAUAGCUUGGCAAGAAGAAUCCACCUACGAAGAUUUGAUCGAGGUGGGAGGUCCCGACACCGAUCCACCGGUCUUGAGGGAUGUGACCUAUGUCUUGGAAAGGCCCUGUGCUCGGACGUAUCGAUUGCUCCAUGGCAGUGCCUGGCUGGCGAAACACAGGCCUCAUCAGGACUAUGUCAUGUACCUGGAUGAUGAUAGUUUUUUGAACCUUCCGAAGCUGGUGGAUCAUCUUCAGCUGCAGCAGACCGAGUCGUUAGCCAUGGGAUAUGUCAUGGAGACAGAGCUGGAUUGGUCAAAGACCCACGUUUGUGAGCUCUGCAAACCAUGUGAACUUUGUCGAAAGGAGGAGACGCUCAAGAGCUUCUGCAACCAAUUUCCUGGGUUGUCCAUGGGUGGUUGCAUGAUGGCCAUUGAGAACUGUGACAUCUUCGAUGGAAUGAACCACACGAGCCCAGAGCUCCCGUCUUGCGUGGCGCAGAAGCUCCAGGAGAUCCGCAGGGUGGCCAGUUACUUUGGCGCCAAGGCGGCUCCGCGCUGGUUCCUGGGGAUGGGAUGGGUCUUCGGCAAGAGGAUUGUCCGCUUCUUGGGCAACAACGCCCAUCGAUUGAAGAGUAGAGGUGCUGCUGAUGUCUCCCUGGGCUUUUGGCUGGCAGCUUUGGAGGGUGUGCGAUUUGUGAGCAUGAACGAUGGCUUUUUUCAUGAUCAUCCAGAUACUGUGAGCACCUUUGCCAAGCAAUGUACGGAUCGCAGCAUUUUGCUGCACAG